UUGAAUUCCAUAACAAUAUUUCAUUGUUCGAGAACAAGUUUAGCAGUCAGGACAAAAAUGGAAAUGCCGGAGAGAUACUUCACUUUUAUAUUGCUGUAUAUUUUUACAUGUAUCACUGAUGGUUGUGUUGAUUUUCAUAUAAGUAGAGGUGGCAUAAGUAACUUACAGGUUAACACAACCGUACAUGCACCUCUCAGUACAUCUGAACGGUUUCAUCUGUCACAGUGUAUCCAGGACUGCUUCUAUGUCUCCGCAUGCAACAAUGUGAAUUACAAUCCGUCUUCACUGACAUGUCAUUUCUUUGAUAUUUCUGGAUCGGUGUCCUCUGUUGACGACCCUGCUUCAAUAUGGAAAUCAGUGUCUCUCUCAGACGUGAUAUGGUCACCAGGGAAGAACUACUGUGCCACUAAUUCUUGCAAGAAUGGAGAAAGUUGCUUUCAUAUUGGAAACGACAUGACAUGCGUUGUAAUAUAGCGAAUUGGUGAUGAGAACGAAUGGCAGUUUUAAACUGAAGCAAUAAUUUUUUAUUAUAUUUAUUCAUUUUCAAAAGAAAGCUUACUAAAAAAACGAUUUUCUCUUUUUUUAAAUUUAUCUUUAAAGCAAUUGACCUUGAAAUAUUUAAUUCAAUAGACUCAUAACACAAUAAGGAUUAUGAAUAAGUUCAUGUUCAUAUGUUAAUGUUUGUAUGAUUUCCUGUACUGUAUUAUGAUAAUGUUUAUUGAUGUGUUGUAAAGUUGGAUCCAACUACAAAGAAUUUGCAAAUAUUACAUGAAAUUGCAUAAUAUUACAUCAUAUAAAACUUUUAUGAAUAUUAUUCAGGAAACAAGUGCUGAAACUUUAAUUUAGAUUUAAUUUUAUCUUAAAACAUAAUUAUAUUGAAUGUGUAUUGUUUAUUAGUGGACAUUACAUUCUUAUCCCCUAGUUUAAUGUUGGUUAUGAUUGUACUGAGCAACUUCUACGGUAAGUAUCUCCCCCCUAGUUUUGUUCCCAAUUUCCAACCCCUUCCCCUCCUUUUGGCCCUCUCCCCUUAUCCUUUUGUCUGUCAUAAAAUGUAGGAUUUUAUGAUUUCGUAUCUUGAAUAAUUUAAAAUGAUACUCCGACCGAAGUUUGUCUGUAUGCCCUAUCCUGUAUGGUGUCCUGCUGGGCUCCUUGCUGGUGGUCCUGUGUUGGGUGAUGAGUUCAUUGAAUGUCACACUUCCCUGUUAAGCUUUUUUAUAGAUAUAUUGCAGAGUGCAGAGCUUAUUGAUUCAUUCUUUUACAGUUACUUAGCAUGACCUAAGAUUCUUUUAGAUGUAUAUUUUGUAUGUAACUAUCUAAAAGAAUCUUAGGUCAUGCUAAGUAUCGUUAUUAUAACAUGUCCAUAUCAUGAAGUAUUGGGUAAAACUAAUGAAUACAGAUAUGUAAUAAUAUUUUAUAAGGUAUUUAUCAAAAUGCGCUAGAACAGUGUAAUCUAUAUGGUACAAAAACUUGCAUUACCUUGUUAAAAAUUUGCUCGAUGAAUAUGGAUUUUCUGAUGUUUGGAAUUGUCCACGAAGAUUUGAAGGAAAAACAUUUAUACCGAUUUUCAAACAAAGAGAUUGUUUUGAACAAAAAUGGUUUUGCUGAUAUAGCUGUUAAUAAAGUCUUGAAUACUUUACAUGCAAAUGUUAAAACUAGCUUCGGUAUGGAAAAUUAUCUUAAUUUGCUAUCUUUUAAAUAUUCAAUAAUAUGUCUCACGAACUUGCGUAUAUCUACCCAUAAGUUAAAAAUUGAAUCUGACAGGUAUGGCCGGAAUAGUUUGGAAAGACAGGAACGUUUCUUCCAAGUAUGUUAUAUCAACGAAAUUGAAGACGAAUUUCAUUUUGUAUUUAAAUGUUAAGCAUACGAGGGGUGUCCCAGAAUUACGUGGACUUUUGCUGUAACUCAAAAACUACUGAAAAUAAAAACAAACAAAAUUAACAUGAUAAAAAUGCAACCUUAUUGCAUUAGUACAAAAAAGUUGUCCGGCAACUGGAUCAGUGUCUGUGGGCAGGGUAAUGAGACAAGGGGUAGCGGGUGCGGGGCAGUCCAUUCCAACGUUACGACGUCAUUCCGGUGGCGUCGCUAGUUGUUAAUAAAUGCGUGGCGUCGAAUGUCAGUUUUUCUCAACAUAGUUGCCGCCUAACUCAAA